AUGGUGAAUGGUGAUUGUCAGAGCAUUAGUCGUGCUCUUCUUGAUAAUGAUUCACAACAUUUAAACAACGGUAUCAUAAAACAAUCAACGUCAUCGUUGUCUACUAAAUCAUCAACUAACAAUGUCCAAAGAAUAUUGCGAAGUACGAUGUCAAAUGCCAGUUUAAGUCGAUAUCGAUCAUCUUUUCGUCGAGGUAGAAUAAACUCUGGACCUGUUAAUUCACAAUGUAUAUCUCCAUCUUCAUUUCCAUUAUUCCGUCAUUUUUAUCUUAUGCGAAAUGCGUUCACAAGAAGACGAACACGUGAGUUACCUAAUAAAACUAACGAAUCGGAUGGAUUAGAAUCUACUAAGAAAAUACACUCAUCAUCACGUAUAGAAAUUAGUCACGUACUUACAACGAUUUUUAUUACUAUUGCAAGUGCUGGUCUUCUUAUAUUCAUGAUUUUUCUUGAUUUGGCCUAUUUAAAUGAUGCCAUGCCAAAUCCUAGUAAUCAACCAAUCAUUAGUCCCAGUACUAAAAAUAACACUUCAGUUUGCUUUCGCCAUCCGAAGGUUUGCGUAAUGAAAGGUUUAGUAAUUAUUGUAUUUAUUGGCAUUACUGUAACAUUAUGUUAUACCAUAUUGACGUUAUAUAUUCGUGCAAGACGUCAUUCACGUUUAUUAGAACGUAAAACAGAUGAACUAGAAAAAGAAAAAUGUUUGACAGAAAAAUUACUUCAUGAAAUAUUGCCACCCUGUGUAGCCAAGGAUUUAAUAAAUGGGCGGAAAGCGCCUGCAGAAUACUAUGAAUCAGUGACUGUUUAUUUUUCAGAUAUUGUGGGUUUUACCAUUAUAGCAAGUAUGUGUUCGCCAAAUGAGACUUGUGAUAUGUUAAAUCGACUUUAUUCUAUAUUUGAUUCUCUAUUGGAAAAUUUUGAUGUUUAUAAAGUUGAAACUAUUGGAGAUGCUUAUAUGGUUGUUUCGGGAGCACCGAAACGAAAUGGUGAUAAACAUCCUAAUGAAAUUGCAAACAUGUCAUUAGCAUUGCUACGUUGUAAACAACAAGUACGUGUACCUCGUACAUCUGCUCAACUUCAAUUACGUAUUGGAAUUCAUACGGGACCUGUAUGUGCCGCAGUGAUUGGAUCUAAAAUGCCUCGAUAUUGUAUGUUUGGGGAUACUGUAAAUGUAGCUAAUCGAAUGGAAUCAAGUGGACUACCUGAAAGAAUUCAUUUGAGUAGCGAUACAUACGCAUGUUUGAUUAAUCGUGAUCAAUAUACAUUUGAAGAUAGAGGUGAAAUCGCAGUCAAAGGGAAAGGCCACAUGCGUACUUAUUUUCUCUUAGAUAGAAAACCAAUUCAACAUGUAUCAAAGUCACGUUCAAAUACAUUAACUAAACCUGAACGCGAAUCUCUAUGA